CCCCUCCUCCGCCUUCCCGGGGCUGGGCCGCGCGCGCCGGCUCUGGGCGGGACCCCGCGGUGGCGGCGGGACUCCUCCCCCUGCGGCUCCUCCUCCUCGGUCCCAGCGCCUCCCGGGCCUCCCUGACCUCCCCCUCCGGCGCUUUCGCGCUGACUGCGCUCCUCCGGCGCCUCUCCGCCCGCGCUCCCAGCCAUGGUGGUCUGGCGCUCGGUUUUCCUCCUCUGCCUCGCUUUCUCCUUGGCCACUCUGGUCCAAAGAGGAUCUGGGGACUCUGAUUUUCGUCUGGAGGAUGCGUUGAAAGAAACUUCCUCAGUAAAGCCACGAUGGGACCAUGGCACCACAACCAAGAGGCCAGGAACAACCAGAGCUCCGCCAAAGCCUGCAGGUAGUGCAUUUGACUUGGCCGAUGCUUUGGAUGACCCGCACGACGGCCGCAGGAAACCGAGCACGGGGGGUGGAGCACGAUGGGACCAUGGCACCACAACCAAGAGGCCAGGAACAACCAGAGCUCCGCCAAAGCCUGCAGACGACUUUGACUUGGCUGACGCCCUGGAUGACCGGAAUGAUCUAGACGACGGCCGCAGGAAACCGAGCGCUGGGGGAGGGGGUUUUUCAGACAAGGAUCUUGAAGACAUAUUAGGUGGUGGUGAAUACAAACCUGACAAAGGUGAUGGGCGGUAUGGCAGUGACGACUCAGAAUCCGGAGUGUCGGCCGAGGCCGGCACCAUCGCGGGUGUGGCCAGUGCCCUAGCCAUGGCCCUGAUCGGCGCGGUCUCCAGCUACAUCUCCUACCAGCAGAAGAAGUUCUGCUUCAGCAUCCAGCAUGCAGCAGAAGGUCAAGAGGGUCUGAAUGCGGACUGCGUGAAGGGAGAGAACCCGGAAGCCGUUGUGUGUGAGGAGCCCCAAGUGAAAUACUUGACGCUGCAGACGCAGGCUGCCGAGCCGCCGCCCCCCGAUGCGCCCCGGAUCUGAGGGCCACUGCUCGCGACCAGCUCCUCAUUUCACCGUGACCCGCGGCUGCCCUGCUGCUUCUCUGACGUCAUUGCUUCUCCUUCUAACUCCAGAUGAGCUCGCGGGUGUGUGUGUGCAGUGUGUGUGUCGCAUCUGAGACCCGGCACCAGCCUCAGAGCCGCUGGGUCACCGCACCCCCAAAGCCAGCCUGGCCCGGCCUGCGUGAGCUGGGGCUGCGGCGCCGAGACGGCGGGGGCACGCGGACUCUGAUGCGCCCAGGAUGGGAGUUUGAACCCAGGGUCACGUGGGUCCUGGCAGGGACGUCAGCUAGCGCCUGGUUCGCUUGCAGCCCCGGCAAGGAGCGAAUGAGUGAGCGUCAGGUCAACAUGCACACGCACACACGCACACACGCACACACGCACACCACCGGCCUUCCGGAGAGCUGGUACGCGCGGUGGUUUUCCGUUAUUGAAGUGCAUGCAUUGAUAGUCCCGUCCUGAGAGCUUAGGAACCUCCUGGACGAGUAGGAGGCUGUGACUCUGGGGCCCGGUUCCUCUGACUCCAUAGGGGCCUGGGUGUGGCCUCCUGGCUGCCGUGAUUAGCUUUUAGGAAUGUGUGUCCCCCUUCCACCCUGUACAUGUGCCUCUUUUGGUAGCAGAAGCUACAGACGUAAAGAAUGGGUGGCAGAGCCAGAAGCACGUGUGUGUUUUGCUUAAACCUGUAUUGGAGGUGGGACGGGGGAUGGGGAAGGGGACGUUUGCUGGGUUUGUGAAACACGCCUGGCUCCGUGUGUCUAGAAGGCUGACUCUGCCUGUCGUGUUCAGAUACAAAGCCCUUGGGCUGCCACGGUCCCUGUGGUAAACACCAGAACCCAGGGACUGGCCCCUCACCUGGCCCGGAGCUGUCUGAUUUGGGCUAGCCGCCUGGAACGUUCUGUCUGGCCCACGCGUGGUCCUGUCCCUGGGCGCUCUGCCGUCUGAGACUGAGCCAAAGUCUAGAGCCACUGUCUACCGAUGACCAGUUUGCGGGGCCCAGAAGCACUUCCUGAAGCAGAAGUCAGCAGGAAGACAGGGUCCCACUGACUCGACCCCACGUCCCCUCUGCGUGGCACCCGGGCUGGGCGUCCACUAAGCCGGGACGAGGCAAGUCAGGCUUCCGAAGGGAACGGUCGGAACUGGAGCAGAGCCCGCAGGCUGGAAACUCGUGUUUGUGGCGCUUUGAGGAACCUAGUCGUGCGGUGGGGGGACGGGGGGCGUCCCCGGCUGCCCUUGAGCUCCUUCCUGCUGCCGCCGCCCGGAUGGGUCCCUUCCCCGGCGGGGGGCUCGGCCCACGCAGGCCAGGAUCAUGUGUCCGCCGGGCAGGUGUGGGGCACUGACGAGAGCCCUCUGCGAGUUGCCAGCUUGGCCAGGCUGGUCCCUGGUGCCGGCCGCGCUGGAGGGUGGUUGUAGCCAUGGACCGUUGCCACCCAGUGUCCUUGAUAACAGGAGCUGGGGGAGGGUCAGGGCAGCCUUGGCAGCUCCUGGGGUGCACUUGGCUGCCCCCCAAGGUCCCCGGGGCAUC